CUCCAGCCGAGCUCAACAGCACGCAACUACCAUGUCUGACUUCGAGUCUGAUCCUCUACCAGAUACUCCGGUCGCCUCUCCCGAGGCCCCCGGUCCCUCGAAUCCUGCCUUAGUUCGCCGCAGCGUUCGCCUGGCCUCUCGGCCAAACCUUCCUUCCCCCGCCUCUAUUCUCCGUUCUAAAGGCAUUGCUCUUACCCCCGGCCUCCGGUCCUCUCAGAUAGCUUCGCUCGCUGCUCUCCUGCCCUCCAGCGAGUCUUCUCCUUCUCCAUCCGCCGGCUCUCCGCCUCCUUCAGUCACAGGGAAGAGAUCCUGCAAGUCCUCCGCUCCUCCCGCGAAGCGACGCAGAGGACGCCCCCCCUCCUCCCAACCAGCUCUACGAUCCCAGGAACCUCUUCUACCUCCUGAUCCUGGCCCUUCCUUUCAAGCUUCUGAUCCAACUCUCGAAGCUCCAGGCCCGUCUUCUGGUCUCCGCUCCCCUUCCUCCCCUCCCCCCGACCAGACGCAUCUCCUCGCAUCCGCGCUCGUGACCUCCAUGGACACCUUACAGCGCUCCAUAUCUUCGCUAUCAACCCUUCUUCACAAAGCUUCGGACGCCUCCACCCCUCCUACUGCCCCAUCUACUUCCGCAUGCGUCAGCCCUCAAUUCAACUCGCAGCCACCGGCUCCGACCUUCACCCUUGCUUCAGCCCACUCAGCACCCCCUCUCGGCAUGCCCUACACGCCUCAAUGCGCUCACAUUUCCUCGAGGCUGCGUUCUAAAAUUCUUCAAGGACAGUAUAUUAAUCUAGCAUCCAUUCUUUUACCAUCUCCAGAAGUUGACCAAUGCGUUGCUUCAUCAGAAAAUUUCUCUGCUAUUCUCAAAACCUCAGAUCCCCGUCUCUCAAGGGAUCUCUCCAUCGGACAAUUUCUAGCCGCCUUCAGCGUUUUUAGAGACGUUAUUUGUUCCGUUUACCCCGACCGCAGAGUCGAACUAGACGCCUAUCUGGCUCUAAUCGCUGACCUUCAUAUGCGAUAUGGCAGAUCCCUGUUCUACCAAUACCAUAAAGCCUUCGCAACUAAAGCCGCCGCAGUUCUUUUUCGUUCCGGUCAGUGCCUUAAUUGGUCGAUCCUGGAUAUGGAAAUCCUCAUAAUGCUCACGCAAUCCACCCUAUGCUUUCAAUGCGGCUCCAUCGGACAUCAGAGUGCUUUUUGCCCUUCUCUCCCCUUUAAACCUAGUACCUCUGCCGCUUCUCUCCCCCAGCCCCUUCUCAGUACAGGUCAGCAAGACCGUUACGGGAGAAAAGUCCAGGUAUUUAAUAAUAUGCCCGUUUGCAAUAACUUCAAUGAAAGCGUCUGUGCUUUUCCCAAUUGUGCUUUUCUUCACGUCUGUAGCCUCUGCAGAGACGCUCAUCCGAAGUCAGUAUGCCCCCGCCGCCCAUUCCCCACCAGGAGCCGUCGAGGUUCCAGGAAUUAGUUUCCCGUUACCUUUCCACUCCCAUUCUAGUGCCUGAAUUAGCUUCUCUUCUGCUUUAUCACCCCGACCGCACUUUCGUUAAUUUCCUGAUCUCCGGUCUCUCCCAGGGCUUUCAGAUAGGCGUCCCUCAAUUUUUCGCCGUUCCCCUCGUCUUGCCCAACCUUCGUUCAGCUCUCAAUGAACCGAACGUGGUUUCUCAGUUGUUAUUGAAAGAAAUUUCUAAAGGUUACGCCAUCGGCCCCCUCGUUUCCCCCCCUUUUCCUUUUUUCCGCGUUAAUCCUCUUGGCGUUGCUACCCGGAAAUAUUCCGGUAAAAAACGUCUCAUUCUAGAUCUUUCCGCACCCCAUUCCGGUCCUCAUUUUAGCAUUAAUAGUCUCAUUCCGAAGCCUCCGUUCUCGCUUUACUACGCCUCGGUAGACCACGCCAUUUCGCUCAUUAAAUCUGCCGGGCGGGGCGCUUGGCUCGCUAAGGCUGACAUUACCGACGCCUUCAAGAUCUUACCCGUACAUCCCUCUCAAUGGCACCUUCUAGGUGCCAAGUGGGACAAUAAAUUUUAUUUCUUCGUUCGGCUGACAUUCGGUUGCAAAAGCAGUCCCUGCCUUUUCAAUAUGUUAUCCGAAGCCCUCUGCUGGAUACUCCUCAACAUUGCCAAGCUCCCCUCCGUGCUUCACCUCCUCGAUGACUUCCUCCUCGUCGACUCCCCUUUUCAAACACCUUCCUCCCUCCACAAACUCAAGGAUGUCUUUAAACACGUCGGGGUUCCCAUCUCGGAGGAGAAAACUGCCGGUCCGUCUAAACAGCUAGAAUUUCUCGGCAUCUCCCUCGACUCAGUAAAAAUGUCGGCUUCUUUGCCGGCCGACAAAUUAACCCGAAUCCGCGAGAUCUCCCAAACUCACCUUUCCUCUUCUGUUCUCACCAAACGCGAGCUUCUGUCCCUGCUCGGUCACCUCAAUUUUGCCAUGCGUAUCAUUCCCCAAGGGCGUUCUUUUAUCUCCAGACUGUUGGAUCUAGCAAGUUCAGUCCAAUCUUUGCACGAUCUAGUCUCGCUAGACGCCGGUUGUCGCUCUGAUCUUUCAUUUUGGUCAAAAUUACUUAACAGCUGGAACGGUAUUUCGUUCUUCUACGAUGACGUCAUUCACUCCGCCGACUCAAUCCAGUUCUAUACAGACGCAGCCCCAUCAGCAGGUUUUGGGGGAUUUUUUCAGGGCAGGUGGUUCGCAGAGAAAUGGCCCUCUUCGUUCACGCUGUCAGAAUCUUCAGCCUUUUAUGAGAUUAUUCCCAUCGCUGCGGCCUGUCGGCUCUGGGGGUGUUUUUGGGAACGCAAGCAUAUCGUGGCGUUCUGCGAUAACGCAGCUGUCGUGGAAGCAAUCAACAAAGGUCGCUCCUCCUCCAGGUCCAUUAUGCCGUUUCUACGCCGCAUCACCUGGCAAUCCGUUAUAAAUAACUUCAUCUUAUCGGCGCGUCAUGUUCCCGGCCACUCUAACGUUAUCGCUGAUGCUCUCUCUCGCCUUCAAUUCCAGAUCUUCCGCCAGCUCUGCCCUUCAGCGGACCUUCUCCCUUCUCCCGUUCCCCCUUUCGAGGACCUAGUCCUGAACUAAUUCCUCCCACUCUUCAGCCUUUACUCCAAUCCGCUAAACUAUUUAUUAAAAGCGGUUUAGCCCCUUCCACGCUCAAAUCUUAUUCUUUUGCUUGGCUCAAAUUCCAAAAUUUUUGUCUCUCCCACGGAAUUCCCCUCUUUCCAGUCCGUAUAAAUACCGUUGUUGCUUUUCUUACGCACUGCUUCGUGCACUCCCGCUCCAAGCACUCCUACAUUCGCAGCCUCCUGGCCGGGGUCAAUUUCUUUUAUCAACUUCACCAGUCCUCCCCUUCACUUAGUCUCUUUUCUAAUCACAUAAUUAAGCUCCUCCUGAAAGGCUUCGCUAACCAGCGCCCAGUACUCCCCGACGGCCGUAAACCUAUAACCCUCCGUAUUCUACAGGACCUUCUCAUUACUCUUCGCUCAAACCACUAUUCACCAUAUCUCAAGGCUCUCCUUUCUAGCGCAUUUCUCCUAGCGUUUUAUGGUUUCCUACGCCUGGGGGAAUUUACCUCUCCUUCUAAUAACUUCGUCCCCUCUAGAGAUUUGUCUGUCUCUGACCUCAAGUUCCAUCCCGACUUCUACAGCCUGACCCUCAAGCACUCUAAAUCCAAAGGCGCUUGUUCCAUCAUUAUAGCUCGUAAUAAUAAGUCUUUCUGCCCUUUUUUAGCCAUGUUUAAAUUCGCUCUCCUUAGACGCAAGAUUAGCUGCGGCUCCGCAUCCCUCUUCCUUACCCCGAAGGUAAUCCCAUGACCGCUUCCUGGUUCAUUAAACACCUCAGAUUGCUCCUCGCUGCAAACAAUUUGCCCCCCAGUCAGUUUUCCGGCCACUCCUUUAGAAUCGGGGCGGCCACAUCUGCAGCAAUUCAGGGAAUCCCCUCGGCGUCCCUUCAGCAGCUUGGUCGCUGGUCUUCAUCAGCAUACUCGUCGUACAUACGCCCGGACCUCUCAUCGAUGCUUGAAGCACAACGCUCCCUCAGUGCUUAGGUGAGCUACGUUCGAAUCUCUGGUGGUGGUUGGUUCUCCCCUCAUGAGCUUGCGCUCUUCUCCCUCGCUGUGAUGUUAUUUCCCUCUCUCUUUACUCCUCAUUCCCAGGUUACUUUUUUUUUUUUCAGCAGUACCAUCUCCUAACGCCCGUUUCCGCAACUCUAACAUCGUCAGUCAAUCCCUUCUCUACGAUCGCCAUUCGUAAGAAGCGGUUUCUAUUUUUACUUUAUCUCAUUUUAUUAUUACGUUCAUAUUCUUCCCUUUAAGUUCUUCCUCUUUAAGAUCAAACUUGAACCUACUAUUUCCUAGCUAAUACCUGUCUUCUUCUCGCCCUAAUCUUCUUACCUUCAGCCUCCUCCUUCGUUUCUAGCUACCCGUCAGUCAUCUUCCCUGCUCCCCUCAUUCUAUACCCCUCUUUAGUUAAUGCUGGCGUUUUUCAACCAGCAU